UGACUUUUUUUGGUUUAUCUGUGUUUUUACAUAUCAUUCAGCCUCACUGAGGCUGUAUUUUUUUAUGAUGAAUUUCGGUUUUUUAUAGAUGUUAGACUUCCUAAGCAUUUUGCGGACACUUUCCGAUCUGACUCAAACGUGUUUUACUUGCCAUUGUAUCCAAUUCGUUGGGUGGAUAACGUGCUGACAACCAGAUUGGUCUCGCUAGAAUAACACAGACCUGUCACGAUGUGUGGAAUCAUCGCUCUGAUUCAGGCGAAUCCCUCGUCCUCCGCCGCCGUCGAUCUGCAUGAAGCCCUCUACCUCCUUCAACAUCGCGGUCAAGAUGCGGCGGGAAUCGCGACCUGUGCCGCCGGGGGUCGCAUCUACCAGCUGAAGUCCAACGGCAUGGCCGCCAAGGUCUUCAACGAUGGUGCCCGCGUCGCCGAUCUCCCCGGCUCCAUGGGUAUCGGCCAUCUCCGGUACCCGACGGCCGGGAGCAGCGCCAACGCCGAGGCUCAACCCUUCUACGUCAACAGCCCGUACGGGAUCUGUCUCGCGCACAACGGCAACCUGAUCAAUGCCCCCGAGUUGAAGCGAUACUUGGAUCUCGAGGCUCACCGUCACAUCAACACCGACAGUGACAGCGAGCUGAUGCUGAACAUCUUUGCUGAUGAGCUCAGCGAGACCAAGAAGGCUCGUGUCAACUGCGAGGAUCUCUUCUCCAGUUUGACCCGCAUGUACGAGCGCUGUGAGGGUGGCUGGGCCUGCACGGCCAUGCUGGCUGGCUUUGGUCUGUUGGGCUUCCGUGACUCGUACGGCAUCCGUCCCCUCGUCCUCGGCUCCCGGCGCGCCGUGGAAGGUGGGGGCACGGACUACAUGAUGGCCUCGGAGUCCGUGGCCUUGCAGCAGCUCGGCUUCACCAACAUCCGGGACAUCCAGCCCGGUGAGGCCGUCAUCCUGCCCAAGGGCCGCGAGCCCGUCUUCCGGCAGGUCGCCCCGAAGAAGGCCUACACGCCGGACAUCUUCGAGUACGUCUACUUUGCCCGCCCGGAUACCGUCAUCGACGGUAUCAGCGUCUACCGCAGCCGGCAGCGCAUGGGCGACCGUCUGGCCACCCGCAUCCUCAACGUGCUGGGCCCCGACGUGGUGAAGGAUAUCGACGUGGUGAUCCCCAUCCCGGAGACCUCCACCACGUCCGCCGCCGCCGUCGCCCGGUACCUCGACAAGCCCUACUGCCAGGGCUUCGUCAAGAACCGCUACGUCUUCCGCACCUUCAUCAUGCCCGAGCAGAAGACCCGCCAGCGCGGCGUCCGUCGCAAGCUCAACGCCAUGCAAGCCGAGUUCAAGGACCGAAAUGUCCUGCUCGUGGACGACAGUAUCGUGCGCGGCACCACCAGUCGCGAGAUCGUCUCCAUGGCUCGGGAGGCCGGCGCGAAGAAGGUCUACUUUGCGAGCUGCUCGCCGGAGAUCACACACGCGCACAUCUACGGUAUCGACCUGGCAUCGCCCACCGAGCUGGUGGCCCACAACCGCAGCGUCGAGUCCAUCGCCGAGCACAUCGGCGCCGACAACGUCAUCUACCAAACCCUGGAUGACCUGAAGGGCGCCUGCGCCGAGAUCGCCCAGGAGAACGGCCAGUCGGAGCCGCACGACUUCGAAGUGGGCGUGUUCUGCGGUAACUACGUCACCCCGGUGUCCGAGGGCUACUUCGAGCACCUGGAGCAGCUCCGCGGCGAGGGCCGCAAGAUCAAGGCGCUCGACAACGCCAAGGAGGCUGUCACGCACGGGUUCGCCAGCGAGAAGGACUUCCAGAUCGCCGCCAACGGCGUCAAGCUGGACCCCCGCGGCAACGUCAUCCCCGCCGCCAACCCGGGCGAGUCGCAAGUGCCCUCCGUCGGCUACAAUAGCACUGCCCAUUCUGACCACGAGGAGCCGCCCAAGAUCAAAGAUCGCAUGGACAUCAGCAUCCACAACAUCGCGGAUCACGAGUAAUCUCUUUAUUGAUUGAUACCUAUCCAUUGAUUUUGGCACCUUGGUUAGCAGGCGUUUUUGGGAGUCUAUAGGUGAUAGACAAGAAAGACCUGGGGUCUAUCUCUUGGGUGGUUUUUUGAUCUGUUUUAUGCAUAGCCGAGGAUGGAUCAUGACUUAUAGAAUAUCAAAGAAAUGAAAUGAAAUUUUUUUUUCCCUC